CAGAAGUGACGUGACCCGCGUUCUUUGCUCACUAUAAAUAUACAAAAAUCUGAUUUGAAAUAAUAAUAACAAAAGUGACAAUGCCGCGACCGUCGCGUGAAUCAUACGGUGAUCAAAAACCUCCUUAUUCUUAUAUUUCGUUGACGGCUAUGGCGAUAUGGAGCUCCCCAGAGCGCAUGCUGCCGCUGUCCGAGAUCUACCGCUUCAUCACGGACCGCUUCCCGUACUACCGGCGCAACACGCAGCGCUGGCAGAACUCAUUGCGCCACAAUCUCUCCUUCAACGACUGCUUUGUGAAGGUGCCGCGGCGCCCCGACCGCCCGGGCAAGGGCGCCUACUGGACGCUGCACCCGCAGGCCUUCGACAUGUUCGAGAAUGGCUCGCUGUUGCGCCGUCGCAAGCGCUUCAAGCUGCACAAGGGCGAGAAGGACAAUCUAAACGCGGAGCUGGCGGCGCUCGCAAGCUUCAACAGAGCGUUCUUGGCGCGGCAGGCGGGCGCGCCGCCGCCGCCUGUGAUGCCGACCGCGAGCCUAUACACGCCAGCCGCGUGCCCGCAGCCGAGCCCUGAGCCAGCGGAGCUGCCGGAGGUCGGGGCGCUGACGCUGGUAACGCGGGAGCGACCACGUCGGGCGUUCACCAUCGAGGCGCUGCUCGAGCCAGAGCCGCCGCGCGGAUCAGCACUCACGUUGCACGCGAUGCCCUCGCUUCCCACCCUCGCCUCGCCGUACGCGCUGGCGGCACAGCGGUAUCACGCGCAACUGCUGCAGGCGGCAGCGGUGGCGGCGCUUCGACCUUGCUACCUGCCGCCGCCGCCGCUGCCGGUGGCGUGACCCGUUGCGCGCUCCGCUCCCAUGUCUUGUGCAAUGCUAGAUUGUAAGUACCGAACACUUUAAACUAUAUACUCAUCCCCAACAACUUUAUGUUCGCGCCGUGUGGAUGAUUGUUACAAUAAAAGUACUGAAUAUAAAUAGUUAGUUGAUCGAUGUUGAAAGUAUUCGUAAUAUUAGUGCGCGAGCCGGCCUCGAAACGGCGACGGGCGAGGCCUAAAUAGAGUUAAUUUCAAAUUAAAUGGGCCGUCGCACCGCGCUGCCGACGCCCGACGCUCGGUACCCGGCGCAAUCCUGUUUGAAGCCUACUGAAUAUUUCUCAAUAGAAUAAAAUAGUGAUCUCACGUAGAUUCGUAGCUGACGAUCGACUUGGACAUUAUUUAUUUAUGUUUUAAAGAAUGAAACGUUU